CAAACCAAAGCUGUCGUUUGUUCUUCGCCCUCCAUUGUCUACCACGUACGGGCAGACGAUGUGCAGCAGCGCCCUCUGCGGUCACAGUUUCUGAUGGGUCACAGCUUUCAGUGCAACACCACCGAGACCUAACCAUUGACAUAACAGGGGCAACAAAGCUAACAGGAGACUCAGGAAGAUGUCAAUCAGUCUACGCCACCCACACAGUCCUGGGAAGAGGUCGAAUCAACCAGAUUAUUAACUGCGUAGUUAGCUAUUGGCCUCUGUCCCUGUUUUGUAACUGGAGCUGUUUAGCGGCUACAGGAAGAGGUCGGCUAAGACCAUGUUUACUGCGUUGGUUUGUGGAGCUGUGGUGUUUCCAGGGCUUUUCUACAACUUCAGGAAAGUACUGAAAUACACUUUCACACAGUGGAGUGACGCCGACGGGGUUUCUGUUAGUGAGAGGCUGGUGGCCGCUAUCCAUGCUUCUUUGGCUACUGCAGCUGGAGUCACAGUUGUGACUUCCUGCAGGGAUGUCAUGACUGACAGUCACUGGCUGGUCAAUUGGUUUGUGUUGUUCGGAGCUCCCUAUAUGGCCAACGACAUCUAUGCCAUGUAUCUGAGCCGCUACCAUACUCAGGAGGCCAGAGGUAAUUCCAGUUUAUACAGCGGCCACUCUCUUCAGACAGUGAAGGCUUUCCUCCUGAAGGACUGGAUGUUGGUCCUCCAUCACUUGGUGCUGCUUUUCAUUUUCCUGCCUAUCACUCUGUUCUUCAGAAGGGGACUGGGUGAUUUCUUCAUCGGCUGCUUGUUCACCACAGAGUUCAGCACUCCUUUCGUCUCUAUAGGAAAGAUUCUCAUCCAGCUGGGCCUCGAUGACACCAGGCUGCACAGGAUCAAUGGCAUCAUUGUCCUCUUGAGUUUCUUUACGUGUCGGAUCUUGGUCUUCCCCUUCAUGUACUGGACGUACGGCCAGCAGUUUGGGAUUCCCCUGCACAGAGUCGCCUUCCAUCUGCCUCUGCACUGCAACGUGGGUAACCUGGUGAUCCUGGCGCCACAGAUCUACUGGUUUAAUCUGCUGCUGAGGAAAGCUAACAGACUCUACCUGCGACAGAAAGGAAGGAACAGAGACGGAAACAAAGGCAGGCCGAAGACAGACUGAAGAUUUCACCGUUUUAUAAAAUGACUUGGUUUUAUUGAAACUUUUAACCUUCAUUUUCAGACAUGUUAUGUCUCAAAAUAUUGUGACUUUAUUCUCAGAAUCACAGAUUUUUUCAUUUUUCUGUGGCCCUAAUAUAUCAACAUGCAGAGAAGUUUGUCGUGCACUACUUUUUAACUGGUUUGUCAGCGGUUACUGUGUGACAAAACAGUCUUAAAUGUUGUGUUACAGCACUGUUAGGACUCUUUGCAGAGAAUAUUUUACCACAAACUUUUUUCAACAAUCUUUUUUACUUGAUAAAAUUAUGUAUUGAUUGUGCUCUUGAAGAGUACGCAGUGCUUAUGUGUGUAUGUCCCAAAAUCACAAGGUUCCCCAGGUUAACAGUAGAUAGAUUUGUACUUAAAUUAAAAGACCAAACCAUCCU